AGAAAACAUUUAACGUCAACAAAACAUUUCAUUCGACUAUCUGGAGGUCACUUACUAUGCAAUAUAAAAUAUAUGCAGAAAAUUAAUUCCAAGUUGCCAUGAAGGAUGUCAGACUAUAAAAGACAACGUGGGAGAUUGGAGUAUAGAAUAAAAGUCAGCUAUAAUAAAACAAUGUUUUUUUCUAUAAUUACAACAUUUUCCCAAUAUACGCUACCUACACUUUGGAAAACUAAAACGUUAUUUAUUGAACGCACUGUAUAUUUCUAUUUACUUAAAUACUUAUUAUUAUACUAAAUACAUUUACUAUACACAUGCAUAUAUGUAUAUUAUUGUGUUACAUGAAAAUAAUGUGAGAUGCAUUAAAGCACUAAUUACAUUUUAAUUAUGAAAGUCAAUGUUGAAAACAAUAUCAAUACACACUUCAACCAAUUUAAACGCCAAUGACAUCAUCGUAAAAAAACUAGUUACUUUUUAUGGUCUGUUUCUUUUAAAGAUAGAGAAUAAGAAAAUAGGGCAGACUCAAAUUUUGAAUACCUUUGUAAUUCCAAUUUAUUUUAAGUUUGUCAUUAACGAGUAAAGUAAAACUUAGCCCAUAAAUUCGGGCGGCAAUCGAACAUUAAAUACUUAUUGUAUAUUGCAAAUAUCAGUUUGAGUUAUCGUAUAACCAAAAAAGUAGGGCCCAAAAUUAGACUUAAAAUAUUAUAACCAAUUGUUACUAAGUUAUAUUGUAAUUGCUAAUUUCCCAACAAAUAAUGCAUGAGUAGCAGACGAUGUCAUUAGCAACAUUAUUAACCUACGUCAUUCCUUUGUAUAAAAGUCGGUUACAAUUCGCUUAUUAAACUAGUUUGCCUUGGAAUUAUGGACGACGCCAAAGGAAUUGUAUAUUCAUUUUAUAAAGUACAAUAUUUAUUUUUCAAGUUGUUAGGACUCUUCGAUUUGCCCGCGCACUACUCAUCAUUUUGGCAUUAUAUGUAUAAACUGUACUUUUGGCAUGUAGCGAUCUUUUGGAUGCUACUUUUCGAUAUCAGCAUGUGGAUUAAAAUAGUCGGCAACAUAUCGAAUCUGAACGAGAUAAUAAAAGUGUUUUAUCUUUGCUCAAUGGCUAUUGCGGUAAUGGCUAAAUUUGUGCGCAUUCGCUUAAAAAACAGUUCAUAUGUAGCAUUAUUCGCGCGUAUCCACGACGACGACCUGCUGCCGGUCAAUGUAUCUGAACUAGAGAAAUACACUCAAUCUUCACAUUUAAGCUGUAGAGUACGCAACAGUUACACGUAUCUUUCGUUAACAUCACUAUCGCUGAUUUUCAUUACGCAGAUUAUAUCGGAGCCUAGCGAACUACCUCUAUCUAUUUAUAUACCCAUAAGCGUGGAGAACUUUUGGUGCUAUUUAAUAGCAUAUUUGUUUCAGUUUAUUGGUUUAUCCCUAUGUUGUUUGCUUAAUAUAUCUUUCGAUUCUUUAAGUUCAUCAUUCUUCAUAUAUUUGAAAGGUCAGUUAGACAUUUUAGCAAAUCGGUUAGAAAAUAUCGGCACCAAUCUGUACGUGGAUGAUAAUAUGAUAAACCUACAGUUAAGAGAUUGCAUCCAACAGUAUGUAAAACUACGGAAUAUUACCGAAAUCAUGGAAGAGCUUCUAAGCAUUCCAAUGUCUGUACAAAUGAUCAGUUCGGUACUCGUACUUGUAGCUAAUUUUUACGCAAUGACGUUUCUAACCGACCCCAGUGAUUAUGUUACCUUCAUAAAAUUUCUAGUCUAUCAACUAUGUAUGUUAGCCCAAAUUUUUAUGCUGUGUUAUUUUGCAAAUGAAGUGUCGCUCAGAAGUGCAGAGCUAUCAUACUCUUUGUACUCGUCCGAAUGGACUCGGUGCAGUCAAACCAAUCGACGUAUGAUGUUAUUGAUGAUGGCACAGUUUGAUGUACCCAUUCGAAUCAAAACAAUAAAUCGUUGCUAUUCUUUCAAUUUGCCAGCUUUUACGUCGAUAGUCAAUUCCUCAUAUAGCUACUAUGCCCUGCUGAAGAAAAUGAAGGACUAAAUACAAUUCAAUAAAUUUGCAUGUAUGAAUGUCAAUAUAUAUGUAUAUACAAAUACAAAACUUAAAUAAAUUUUUGAAAAACUGUG